AUGCAUAAAUUAGAUGUAACACAACAAGCAAUCAAAAAGUUGUCUUCCAACCAAAUCCUUAGCUAGGGAAACAUGAAUCAAAAGCAAUUCUUUUAAAGGAGAAAUCAAGUUUCAUUAUAAUAAAAGACUUCAGCAACAUCUAAUACUAGAUCACUGCCAAGAUUAAACAAAAGUUUUGUCUCAAGCUAAUAAACUUCUAGAUUUAGUUCUCCUAAUAAAAAAAUUGAUGCCCAAUACUCUGAUUAAUCAAACAAUAAUAUUAAAGAGGAAAUAGCUAUUAGGAGGACUCCAACCACAAGAAAAUCAUAACCUAAUGUAGAUAUAUUAAGGCUCUCACUGAAUGUCAUGCAACUAACAGUUAAUGAUCCUAUCCCAGAGAACAUUGAAUUCAGUAAAUUGGACGAAACAUUAAAUCUUGUUGUUCCUGCUGGCGCCAAAAAACGAAGAUAAAGAAAUAAGUAACUAGAUACACUUGCUGAUGUGAACAUUAUGGAAUUUCAUGGUAUCUCGAGUUAAUAACGAGCAAAGUUUAUUGAUUGGAUGAUCUAAGUAUUCAGAGUCUUGAAAAGGGGUUCAAUCAAAACUUUUUUAAAUGCUGCUUUUCUAUUGGAUAAGUAUUAUAAGAUAAAGAAAUAUUCAGGAAUCUAGAUAAGCAGGAAAGAUUUCCAACUAAUUGGAUUAACGUUAAUACUCAUAUGCUCUAAAUUUGAAGAUAGUGAACCUAUUACAAUUCAUUAAAUUCUAUUUGAAGCUUCUCAUGGAAAAUAUCACUCAGCUUAGAUUUUCCAAAAAGAGCAGGAAAUAUUAUAGACUCUAGAUUACAGAUUUCAUGUUGAAAGUUAUUAUGACUUAGCUUCUCAAGGUCUUUAUCAGCUUACAAAUUAGUUCAAGCUGCUUGAAAUUAGUGAACUAGAUAAAAAGAUUGUCUAGAAAAUUGUAAAUUUCAUUAGUUAGUUGAUAGUUAUGCAAACUGAGAUAUUUCAAAGUGAUCCAGAACAGUUGAGUUAAGCUAUUUAAUGGCUUACUCUUAGAUAUAUGAAGUAUUAUUACAGAUAAAAAUGCUUUUCAACUAACGAGGAUGAAAAUGAUACUGCUAUAAUCAAAGACUCUAAGGGCCUCAAAAACUUGGAUGCUUUUGAACAGCUAACAAAAUAAUUUAAACAGUAGGUAGCUUUGAAAUAAAAAAUCAAGUAUAAGAGAUUGAUGAUAAGAAUAAUAAACUUCUAUGACAAUCUUGAAGAGUCUCAUCCUGGGAUUAAAAACAUUUAUAAAAGCUAUAAGCUUUUCUUCACUAAUGAAUCUCGGUAAAUAUUAUUAAAUUGUUUACCAAAAAUGAAAGUCAAAAGACUUAAAAGUAGAUGA